CUUGAAAGGAUUAUUGCCGACAAGAAGAGUUCAAGUUCAAUAGUUAAACUUAAUUUCUACCUUUUUUUUGUCAAAAACCCAGAUCAUUACAGUGAAAUCUUUAUGAUGGAGCUCCGCUGCCUGGGAUUAUUGGUCGGAUACAGAGCUUCCAAGAUCCUAAAAAGCAAAUUCCUGGAAGGAGUCGGGAGCUUUAAGGCUAUGGUUUCCUGAGAUUUUUCUCUGGUCUGCUUCACCUGGAGGAGCUUACAGUGCCCGAAAAUGGCGAUUCGCCACCAAUUCUUUGUGUUACUACUAAUAACCCUUUUCCUCAUACCGGUGUUCGCCGUCGACUUCAUCUUCAAUGGGUUCGAUUCUUCGGAUCUAUUAAUCUACGGAAACACUACCCUUGAAUCGCGAAUCCUUACCCUCACCAAACCUUCCAAUCUCUCCCUUGGCAGAGCUCUCUACCCUUCCAAGAUCCCCACCAGAGGAUACCCUAACUCCUCUCUUCUUCUACCCUUUUUCACAUCCUUCAUCUUCUCCAUCGCUCCCAUACCCAAUUACCAACCUGGCCAUGGCCUUGUCUUUAUCAUGACUCCACAAACUGGUAUCCAAGGUGUCAGCUCUUCCCAACACCUCGGCCUCUUCAAUCGCACCAACGAUGGAGAUUCCAGCAACCAUGUCUUCGGCAUCGAAUUCGAUGUCUUCCAGAAUCAAGAGUUCAACGAUAUCAACAAUAACCAUGUCGGCUUCGACCUCAACUCUCUCACGUCCUCCACCGCUCAACCCGCCGGUUUCUGGGAGGAUGGCCAUGAUACCUCCUCCUCCUCCUUCAAAGGUCUCACCUUGAACAAUGGUGUCAACUAUCAAGUCUGGAUUGAUUACUCCGGUUCCCAUCUCAAUGUCACCAUGGCCAGAGCUGGAACAAAAAGGCCUCAAAGGCCUCUGAUUUCUACUUCUCUCAAUCUCUCUGAUGUUCUUCUCGAUGAAAUGUAUGUUGGGUUCGCGGCGGCUACUGGAGUUCUAGUCGAAUACCAUAGAAUUUUGUCUUGGAGCUUCAGUAAUUCAAAUUCCUCCAUUGGCGAUGCACUGAACACUUGGAAUUUGCCAUCUUUUGUUCCUCCGAAGAGCUCUUUUCUCAGCUCCAAAGGGUUCAUCGCUGGAUUUACAGUGGCGUUAACUGCUUUAUUAGCUUCCAUGGCUGGGAUUACUCUGUUUUUUAUUAAGAGGAUACGAAGUAAAAAGAGGGAAAGAGAAGCAAUAGAAGAUUGGGAAUUGGAGUACUGGCCACACCGGAUUAAUCACCAGGAGAUUUACACAGCAACGAAGCGGUUCUCGGAUCAAAAUCUAAUUACGGUCGGGGGGAACGGGAAGGUCUACAAGGGGGUUCUCUCUGGUGGAACAGAGGUUGCUGUGAAGCGAAUUUCCCACGAAACCGAACACGGAAUGAGACAAUUCUUGGCCGAAGUAUCAAGCUUAGGCCGAUUGAAGCACAGAAACCUGGUUGGAUUCCGAGGAUGGUGCAAGAGAGACAAGUUCAGCUUAAUCCUAAUCUACGAUUACAUGGAAAACGGAAGCUUAGACAAAAGGGUUUUUGAAUGCGAUGAGAAAGUGUUAUUGGGUUGGGAAGAUCGAUUGAGAGUUCUAAAAGAUGUGGCUUCAGGUGUCUUAUAUCUACACGAAGGAUGGGAAGCUCGAGUUCUUCACAGAGACAUUAAAGCCAGUAAUGUAUUACUUGAUAAAGACAUGAAUGGAAGGUUAGGAGAUUUCGGAUUAGCUCGAAUGCACAGCCAUGGCGAAGCUGCGAACACUACCCGUGUCGUUGGCACUGUGGGUUACUUGGCUCCUGAACUGGUUCGCACAGGAAGAGCUUCUGCAGAGACUGAUGUGUUCAGCUUUGGAAUUUUGAUUCUGGAAGUGUUGAGUGGAAGAAGACCUGUAGAGGAAGGGAAGCCUGGUUUGGUGGCUUGGAUGUGGGAGUUGCUUGAGAGAGGAGGGCUCUUGUUUGGAGUUGAUGAGAGGUUGAGGGCUAAAGGUGGGCUUGAUGAUGAGUUGGUGGAGCAAGUGCUUCGUUUGGGCUUGCUUUGUGCUUACUCUGAUCCACAAGCUAGGCCCACUAUGAGACAAGUAGUGAAGGUGUUGGAGGGAAAGAGUGAGUUGAAUCUUGAUUUAAAUUCUCUUGAUGAUGAAGAAAGGGAAGGACAUGAUGUGUAUUUGCUAGAGAAGAUGAAGUCCAAUGUCAUGAGUUCUAAGUAUAGUAGUCAUGGUAGGAGUCUCGGAAUACACCCUACUUUUGACGAGAUCCGGCAUUCGCUCUCAUCGUCGACCUCGCUUUCUAGCUCCGAUGUGAUUGUAGAUGGUAGAUGAUUGUGUGUUAAUCAAGUAGUAAGAAGGGUCGUAAAAAAAAGGUAUUAGGAUGGUUUUUAAUGUACAUACACAAAUCAAAUGAGAGAUGAAAAUAAUUGCAAUGAGAAGUAGGUGUGGUGAUACAUGUGUAUUUGAACUGUUCUUAUUCUUUCCAAUAUAUUUUUUUUUCUCUUUUAUUCAUUAAAUUGGAUUGAUGUGUCUGUUCUUAUAUUGAAGGGAAGGACAUAAAACUAAAAUGGAAAGUUGUAUUAUUA